CGGGCUGAAGCGGGGAGGGUGUGCGCGCCGCGCCUCACGACCUUCGCAGGGCUUUUCUGAAGCUCGGCACGUGCAGAUCAGCGCCCAGUGGUCGUAAGGGACGUCAGUAACAGAGCCAGCGACACCAUGGACAACGCAGUGGUGCGAAGAAUCGUGAGCAUUGCGAGGAAGAAAGCUGUUAAGUGGUCGCCGAACGGCCAUGGGCAGGCGGCACGGACCAGAAACGGUAAUGUGCGUUCUCGGCCAGUCGACAGCAAACUUGAUAAGUUCGGCCAUGGACCAGGGAGCCGCACCGGGACCAGUGCCGCGCUGCGUGCCCGGCUUCACCUACUGCUCGGACGCCGUGCUAGUCCCACCGCCGCCCGACCCGCAGCGUCAGCCGAGGCAGGAUGGGGAGGCUGCCAACAAGACUCCAUCAAGUUCCGACCUGACGGACGUCGGUGCAAGCUGCAGUCUCAAGUCGUCGUUCGACGCCAAAGAGCGCUUUUGGAUCAUGCAGAAUCAUCGGCUCAAGUCGGCUCUUAUCAGGACUCUGGAGCGUCUGCAGCAGCUGACCAACGAGAAUAGCCUGCGCAGCCGGCUGCUGGAGCGACUGCUGGAGCUGCGGCAGCGGCCGGCGCAGCAGGAGGCGCAGCAGCCGCACGGCUCGGAUGGCGCGCAGGAUAUCGAGCAAACUGAGCUGUAUAAGAAGUACGAAGCCCUGGUCAAGGAGACUUAUCGGCUGGAACAGGCGUUGGCAGCCGCUAAUCGCCGGGCUUCGCUGUAUCCCGAAGAAGGUUCUGAGAAACGGCUGAGCGAGUACAGCGCCUUGGUCAACAUGCAGAUGGCGGCGGUCACAGACGACUGGCGGGAGGAGCGGGAGGAGAAGGAGCGAGCGCUCGCUCUUAAUGCCCAGCUUUACCAGAAGGUGGAGCACCUGCAGCAGCAGCUGGCCGAGCGGCGUCGCGUCGAGCCGUGCCCCUACGACUCGUUCGAGACGCUCGAGCCGUGGGAACCACCCAUCGUCAGCGAGAGCGAGUGGCGGCGGCCGGCUCAGACACGGUGUCCGCUGCCGCCGCCCGCCUAUUUUCGCACGCAACGAAGCGGCGGCUCGCUGCCCAGUCCGCGCGGCCCGCCGCGACCUCCACCGAGAGGCACCUCGCGUUCGGUGGACGAGGUGCUCGCUGCGCCUUACGAGGCCGUCGGCUACUCGGAGCUGCUGCUGCGCGCCGGCCCGGCCCCCAACGGCGAGCGGGCUGAGGCGGACGCCGACAGCGGCUCUUGGUGUCGACCCACGCUCGGCGGCGUCGCGUCCGACGACUACACAGCCACGAACACGCGCCACGACGUGACGUGCCCGCACUGCGGUGUCGUGUUCACGUGCACGGAGCACCUGCUGUAUCUGAACCACGUGGAGGAGUGUCCGCGGCGGCGGCAGCGCCCGCAAGGACGCACGCCCAACUGA